AUGCAUCCAGGCAAGGUGACGAGCAUUUCCGGGUCAGGCAUACCCGGCUUCCGCGAUGGUCAAGGAGAGAAGUCACAUUUCAGUUCUCCUGCCGGGGUAGCAGUCAGCUCUGAUGGUUCGGUCUACGUGGCUGACUCUGGUAACAACCGAAUUCGCCGAGUGAGUUCAAAAGGACAUGUCACUUGGAUCGCUGGAUCAGGGCUGGCUGGUUUCUCUGAUGAUAAACUUUUGCGGGCUGAAUUCAACAGACCCCAGGGAAUAGUCACCAUCCCCACAGGACUCAUUUUUGUUGCAGACACUUUGAAUCACAGAAUUCGCCUCGUCAGUUUACACGAAGGUCUUGUCUCGACAUAUGGUAAGGUAUUCCGAGUUCGUCCUAUUCCUCGCUUGCCUUAA